AUGAGCUCACAAACUUUCAAUCGUUACGUUGAAGUUGGCCGUGUCGUUCUCGUAAACCAAGGUGCAGACUCUGGCAAGCUCGCGGUCAUUGCCGAGAUCCUCGACCACAACAGAGCCAUCGUUGAAGGUCCAACGACCGGUGUCAAGCGUCAAGCCAUCGCUUUCCGUCGCGUCAACCUUACACCAUAUGUAUUGAAGAACCUUCCACGUGGUGCAGGCCCAACUGUUGUCAAGAAGCACUUCGAGGCAGCAGACAUCGCCGGCAAGUGGGCUGCAUCUUCCUGGGCAAAGAAGUUGGCUGCUGUUGAGCGUAGAAAGCAAACUUCAGACUUUGAAAGAUUCCAAGUCAUGUUAUUGAAGAAGCAACGCCGCUCAGUUGGAAACCUCAACUUGGCUAAGGCAAAGAAGGCUAACAAGGCUUAA